AUGGAGAACCCAAAGGAGGUAGAGACUCCCAGCACAGGGGCAACGUGCUCCCCGCCAGAGGAACAAGCAGAAAAACCCUCCAUGCUCUGUUUUAAGAAGCGGAAGAAGCCCUGUAAGAAGGGGCUGACUGUGAAGGAUGCGCGUGAAGGAGCCUCAGAGGAGAAAAGCCAAUGUGUCAGUGCCGACCAAGGGGAGGCAAAAGUUUCCAGUCCAUCACAGUCCUCCAAAGGAGCCUGGGCAGCCAUCAAAAACCUUGCGAGGCCUCGGAGAAGGCAGAAAUCUGCCUCACGGAAGAAGGUGCCCUCCGAUUCCCAAGUGCAGCUGGAGGUGGAUGCUGAGGAGAGCUGUGCACAAGACCUCCCGAAGAAACGGGAGAGCUCUGGGGUGAAGAUGCCCUGCGUGCGGUUCUCCAGAAGCAAGAAAAAACCCAGCCCCUCGGAAGCAGUGGAGGAGUCGGACGGCAGUGUUCAAGCAAACGAAGUGGUGGGUGUUUUGAACAAAGCCAGUGAAGAGACAGAGAAUUUGGCCCCGACGGACAAAUCUGAAUCCUUCAGCCCAGUCUCUGCAGAGGAGGGCCAGGCUGCAGUGAAAGAGGACCAGGUUACAGUGAAGGAGGACCAGGCUGCAGUGAAAGAUGAUGAGGCUGAAGUGAAGGAGAACCAGGCUGAAGUGAAGGAGGACCAGGCUGCAGUGAAAGAUGAUGAGGCUGAAGUGAAGGAGAACCAGGCUGAAGUGAAGGAGAAGCAGGCUGCAGUGAAAGAGGACCAAGCUGCAGUGAAAGAGGACCAGGCUGCAGUGAAAGAGGACCAGGCUGAAGUGAAGGAGGACCAGGCUGCAGUGAAGAAAGACCAGGAUACAGUGAAGGAGAAGCAGGCUACAGUGAAGAAGGAUCAGGAUACAGUGAAAGAGGACCAGGAUAUAGUGAAAGAGGACCAGGCUGCAGUGAAAGAAGACCAGGCUGCAAUGAAGGAGGACCAGGCUGCAGUGAAGGAGGACCAGGCUGCAGUGAAGGAGGACCAGGCUGCAGUGAAGGAGGACCAGGCUGCAGUGAAGGAGGACCAGGAUACAGUGAAAGAGGACCAGGAUACAGCAAAGGAAAGUGAGAACUCUGUCGAGAAGAGUGCGCCCUUGACAGAGCCCACACCUGACACAGAGGAAUGUACAGAGUGCACCAUUCAGUUGGAGACAACUGAUUCAGAGACAGUUCAUGAAAUAGCCCAGGACAAACUACAGGAAGGGAGCCUACCCCAAACCACAGAUGAUGUGGAGAGCAGGGAAGCUCCCAAAGCACCUGUUUCCAAGGAUCAACCCAACAGUGCCCCUGAAACCACCGAGCUGCAGGAAAUCCCCAAUAUCUGCACAGAGCUGCCUGAAGGGGAUGAAUCAGAGAAGAGCAUAAAUCUUCCCAAGGAGUGCAAAGCUGAGGAGACUGUAUCAGAGUUCAGCGAGUCAGCAUCCAGAGACAACAGAGCGAGUGUGCAGGAAUGCUCCAGCCAUCAGGUGACAUCAGAGGCAAACAUAGGCACCGGCAUCGGUGUCGGCAUCGUCAUCACCAUCACUGAAGCUGAGGACUCUGACAACACCGACUCUGACCAGGCCUACGAGCCGUCCCCAGUUCUGCACCAAAAUAAGCAAAAAGGGAAUAAAAAAUCCAACCGGAAUGCUGAUGUUGGUAAAAAAGAGGGCCCUGAGGCUGGUGGCGGUCCCCAGGCAGAGGACAAAGGUCUGGGCGACCAGGGGCACAGAACUGGGGAGCAGUACGAAUUGCUCCUCAUAGAAACUGCCUCUUCCCUCGUGAAGGCGGCCAUUCAGUCAUCCAUAGAGCAGCUGGUCAAUGAAAUGGCCCUGGAACAGAAUAAACACAACAGCUUUCUGUGA